CGCACAGUUAAAAUAUAAACCAGGUGGUGUAGUAAUUUUGCAUAAUUUGCCCCUUUUAGAACGAAAAUGAUUCGAUCGGAACGUAACAGACAGAGCCGCAACAUACUCAGAUUUAGCAAUCUAACAUUGCCCCAUCAAAAAGUGAUUGUAGUUAACGACAAAAUAGGUGCUGAAAGAAAAGCCGACCAAGCCAUUUGCAGAUGGCUCUCAGAGCAGUACGGUGAAAAGGUGGGGCAAUGUGGCGUAAAUCGUUUGAAUGAAUCCUCUCCGUUUUUGGUUAUGUUGGUAUCGAAACUUGAGCGCCGCUUCGAGCUGAAUCUAUUGUUCAAAUUUAUAGCCAAAUGCCGCAAAGACCCGAACGUAACGCAUCUGUUCGUGUGGGUUGUGGAGAGCAAGCUUCAGCAUUCUUUUGCCCUGCCAUACUUCGAGCACAUGGCCGACACCGUGGUCACUUUCGAAGAUAGCCAGCACCUAUCGCUGGUGGUUAAAAAGCCCAGUGGAUCUGUGACUAACAAAUACUACGAAAUGUACUGUCCAUCGGAACGACGUCGUGAUGAUGAGUUUUGCGUAAUGGAAGCAAAGCGUCCUCUGCAAGCGAAACAGCAACAGAGUACCGCAGAAGCGGAACCACCGAUUAACCCGGCAACGCUCGGAACGUUUAAAAUAGAUCUGAAGGAGGGAGAGUUGCAGGCGAAAAACGCACUCACGUUGCCGUUCGAAUUCUUUAAAACAACUCCUGAAGGGGGCAAAAUUCUCUACCAUCCCGACGCUGCUGACGAUCUCGAUGAAGAAGACCCGGAUGACGAUUUGUUAAUUUAGACCAACGACGAUGACGACAAAACGGCGAAAGUAAAGAGGUUGGAGCCAACAUAUUUCGGUUGGAUUCAUUUUAUUAUCGUUUUGCUGCACGCGCAAACACUUUAAUAUGUUGAUUCCUAUAAAGCAAUCGAGAGCUGCCUUCAAGCUUAAAAUACUAACACUUCUCUGGGGCGUUCGAGUAAAAAACACACAUGGUGCAAUGUUUGCGAAUGCUUCCGCUGGCAGAUUGGAGCUGCUGAACACGUGAACAUCAACAGCGAGUUCCAGUAAACUUUAGUACCUUUGUGAAAGAAGAUUCAAAAUCAUCCAGAUGGGAUUGCAGCGGGUAUGCCGAUAAAGAUCACCUUUCAAAGUAAAACAUAGCCCUCUGGAAGCCUUCGAUUGCGUUGUGUUUCUUUGCAACGUCCGUUUACGUCCGACUUCCGGGCAGUGCGCGCGCGAAUUUUUUUUAUUAUUUUAACAAAAACAUAAUCUCGUCGUCAGAAUAAGCAGGGAUAUGAUCCUUGGCUAAU